GCCAAAACAAACAACAUAACCUCAACUUAGAAUUUCAUCCAAACAAAUGUCAAUAAAAUUCGAGCCAAAACUCGAUUAUAAAUGGAUUUCGCCCUUUUAAAUUGGUCGUAUACUUAAAACCGUUAACACUCGACGAGAGAAAAUGUUCAAGAAUACCUUUCAAAGUGGUUUCCUUUCGAUUUUGUACAGCAUAGGGAGUAAGCCGUUGCAAAUUUGGGACAAAAAGGUCAAAAAUGGUCACAUCAAGCGGAUCACCGACGAAGAUAUCCAAUCUUUAGUGCUUGAAGUGAUUGGGUGCAAUGUUAGCACCACUUAUAUCACUUGCCCAGCUGAUCCAAGAAAAACCCUUGGCAUCAAAUUACCAUAUUUAGUGAUGAUUGUAAAAAAUCUAAAAAAAUAUUUCACAUUUGAAGUACAGAUUUUGGAUGAUAAAAAUGUAAGGAGGAGAUUUCGCGCGAGUAAUUAUCAAUCCACUACAAGAGUGAAGCCUUUUAUUUGCACCAUGCCAAUGAGAUUGGACGAAGGAUGGAAUCAAGUGCAAUUUAAUGUGGCUGAUUUCACCAGGAGAGCCUAUGGGACUAAUUACAUCGAGACGUUGCGCGUGCAAGUGCACGCCAAUUGUAGAAUUAGAAGAGUUUACUUUUCAGACAGGUUGUAUGCUGAAGAUGAGUUACCGGCUGAGUUUAAAUUAUUCCUACCUAUACAGACCAAGUCUAAGACGCCCAUUGCAGCCUCUUAGGCGCAAUUUUCUUUAAAUAAAUCACUUUUCUCUCUUUGGUUUUAUUAAAUAAAUUUAUGAAUUGGA